AUGGUCGCAAACCGUCGGUUGGCGAGGUCAAUGAAUGUAGAAAUAUAUUCACGACGACUGGAAAUAUUUCGAGUUACUGAGAGCAUCAGUCGUCGACCUGGUAUACCAACUAGGUCCUACGGAGUUGAUCUCUGGAACCGACGGUGCAAGUGCAGAAGGUUCGAAACACUUCAUUAUCCCUGUGCGCAUGUCGUGGCAGCGUGUGCUAAAGUUAACGUCAAUGUUGAACAAUAUGUCGAUGAUGUGUACACGCUGGAGCGCACAUUGUGUGUCUGGGAAAAUGAGUUCCCCGUCUUGCCUGACCUAUCAACGUGGGAGGUGCCUUUGACGACUUUCGAGCUUCUCCCAGACAGAGGGCUGCGGAGGAAUCCGAGAGGUCAUCCGCAGUCAAGCAGAAUCCGUAAUGAAAUGGACAUCAGGUAG